CAGCCUAAUGUCUGUAAUGAUAAGCAGCUGUUGCUGUAAGUUAAUGUAGUUUCAUGCCAUACCACAAGGUGGCACUAUCUGUAAAGAACAUGGACAUGAGUGCUAAAGGUGAAAAGGGGUUUGUGCUUCCAGCUAACCAAGCAUGGUUAUUAAAGUAUGUCGCAGAUCACAAAAGGACUCUUUAUUCAUAAAUAAGGAGACAAACAAAACAUGGUACCAGGAGUAAAACUAAAUCUGGCCUGAGGUGCAUUGUGGACGACGAUAAUGGAUUCUAUCAAGCCGCCGGAGAGUUUGAAGCUGACGGGAAACGUCGACAGUAAUUGGCGUGCCUUCAAGCAGCAAUUUCAGCUAUAUAUUGUGGCCGUGGGAUUUGAGAGCAAGCCGGAUGUAACAAAGUUAGCGUUACUGCUUACAGUGGCAGGACCCCAAGCUAUUGAAGUGUACAACACAUUUGUAUACGAUGAGCCGGGUGAUAAAGACAAGUUUGACGUUGUAAUGGGAAAGUUUGAUGCCCUCCUAAGAAGAAUGAGACUAAUGAGAGAUACAUUUUUCGCUCGAGGAUUCAGCAGUCAUGCGAGUCAUUUGACAGCUUUUUGACGGACCUGAAACUCAAAGCGCGGACUUGCAACUUUGCUACGCUACGUGAAUCGAUGAUCCGCGACCAGAUUGUUUUUGGCGUGGUGGACAGAAAAGUCAGGGAACGGCUGCUGAGAGAAACCGACCUGACGCUAGAGGGAGCUAUACGGAUUUGUCAAGCAUGUGAGUUGUCACAGCAGCAUGUUAAGACUUUCAGUGAAACGGGUGACACUGCGAUCGGUGCCACUGUGGGAGCAGUUUCCAUUCAGAGGGGAAAACGCAUGCUGCCGCGAUCUGACAGCAGAAUGUUGGACUGCAAGCACUGUGGCCUGAAGCACAUGCCCAAGAAGUGUCCAGCCUAUGGUAAAAUAUGCUCCGCCUGCCACGGAAAGAACCACUUUGCCAAGCAAUGCAUCUCAAAAGGUAAAGAGGACAAGACAAAACGAUCAACAAACACGGUUGAAGAUGCUGAUCUCAGCAACACAUUUUUUGUUGGUCUGGUUAACUGUGAAACUGAGCCAGACACAAGGAUAAAUGCCGUAGUGGAAGACAAAUGGACAGUGCCACUGGCAAUUAAUGGGACGUUGGUCACAUUGAGACUAGACACUGGCACAUGCAGACUAAAAGUGACUGUAAAGGAUAAAGUGCACCACCUAUGCUUCUCUGUCGUUGCUGAAGCACAUGAGUCACUGCUUGGUGACAAAGCCUGUGAAGAUCUUGGAUUGGUGAGACGCGUGUAUUACAUCAACACAGAUGUGAACUCACCACCUGACUCUGUAGGCGACAUAGUUCAGAGCUUUGCAGAUGUUUUUAAAGGACUGGGCACCUUACCCUUCACAUACAAAAUCGCACUGAAGGAAAAUGCAAAGCCAGUUGUGCAUGCUGCCAGAAGAGUUCCUGUGCCACUGAAAGAUAAGUUGAAGAAAGAAUUGGACAGAAUGACAGCCCUGGGAGUGAUAAGAAAGGUUGAAGAGCCAACCGACUGGGUCAACUCCAUGGUAUGUGUAAAGAAAAAGAGUGGUGACCUGAGAAUAUGCAUGGAUCCGAAGGAUCUAAACGAAAACAUCAGACGGGAGCAUUACCAAAUACCUAAGAGGGAGGAGAUUACCUGUGAAAUGGCAGGUGCCAGGUACUUCACGAAACUUGAUUCUUCACAAGGUUUCUGGCAGUUAAAGCUGGAUGAAAGCAGCACCAAAUACUGCACCUUUAACACACCAUUUGGCAGAUACUGCUUCCUGAGACUACCUUUUGGAAUAAUAUCUGCAUCUGAAAUAUUCCACAGGGCAAUGGAGCACAUAAUAGAAGGACUGGAAGGUGUCCGAGUUUAUGUGGAUGACAUAAUCAUCUGGGGCUCGACAAUGCAAGAGCACAAAGAACGACUAAUCAGAGUGUUUGAGCGAGUACGAAAGUAUGGACUUAAGCUCAACAAGAGCAAAUGCCAGUUCGGAGUGCAAGAAAUUGUGUUUCUUGGAGACAAGCUCUCUGCACAAGGUGUUCAGCCAGACCAAGAUAAAGUCAAGGCAAUACUGGACAUGCCAAGACCCACUGACAAGACAGGAGUGCUACGCAUAAUGGGAAUGGUGAACUUCAUUGGCAAAUUCAUUCCUAACCUGGCAGCAAACACAUCCUGUAUUCGUGAACUCCUCCAUAAAGAGCACGAGUUCGAGUGGACAGCCAACCAUGAAAGUGAGUGGGCACAUCUCAAAAGAACACUGACAACUGCACCUGUAUUGGCAUUCUAUGACUCUUCAAAGAGGAUCAAACUGUCAACUGAUGCCUCAAAAGAUGGAAUUGGUGCAGUACUUCUGCAAGCUGAAGAAACAGAUCAUCGCCCACUAGUGUCCAUCAUCAAGAAGAACCUAAAUGAAAUGACGCCCAGAAUUCAGCGUCUGAUGAUGACAAUGCAGAGAUAUGACUGUCAGCUAGUUUACACACCAGGAAAACACAAGAUAAUUGCAGAUGCGCUCUCAAGAGCACCCACAGGGGGCAUGGUGAGUACAACAGAAGAAGACAUUCAAACUCACAUAAACAUGGUCUUUACCACACUGCCUGUGUCAGACAUGAAAUCCAAGCAAAUAGCUGAUGAGACUGCACAAGACAUAGAACUGCAACAUGUUAUGAAAAGCAUGUCAAGUGGAUGGUCUGUUGGUUCGUGUCCACUCUUCUACCACAUUAGAGGGGAACUGAGUGUAGUCAGGGGCGUGCUAUUGAAACAAGACAAAAUCGUCAUUCCACAGAAAAUGAGGCCAGAGAUGCUUACCAGAAUACAUGAAGGGCAUCUCGGAAUUGAGAAAUGCAAAUGAAGGGCAAGAGAGACAGUCUUUUGGCCUGGGAUGAACAGAGACAUUGAGAACAUGAUAAAAAGGUGUGAGACAUGUCAGAAGUACCGCAACAAACAGACCAAAGAAUCUAUGGUUGUUGAUGAAACACCAACAGCACCAUGGUACAAAGUAGGGAUGGAUUUAUUUCAUGUUAAAGGCAAAGACUAUUUAGUGGUCAUUGACUACCACUCUAACUUUCCUGAAAUGGCACUGCUUUCAAACUUGUCAUCGGCGUGUGUCAUAACACAUGUAAAAUCCAUCUUUGCCAGACACGGUAUCCCAUACAUAGUGAUGAGUGACAAUGGGCCAUGUUUCAGCAGCAAGGAGUGGCAGAAGUUUGCAGAGCAGUAUGACUUCAAGCAUGUGACAUCUAGUCCUCUGUAUCCACAGUCAAAUGGUAAGGCAGAGAAAGGAGUUCAAAUUCUCAAACAGCUAUUAAAGAAAGCCGCUGAUAGUGACUCAGAUCCAUACCUCGCCUUACUCAGUUACAGAGCAUCACCAGUUGAGUGUGGUUUAUCGCCUGCUGAGCUACUGAUGAAUAGAAAGCUGCGCACCACACUGCCAAGCUGCGUCAAGCCCACAACGCAUUCAAAAGUAUGUCAGAGGCUUCGACACUUAAAGAUGAAGCAAAAGUCAUUUUAUGACAGAAGAGCCAAGCAACUUCGACCAUUAGCAGUUGAGGACACAGUCAGGAUUGAGGAUCAAAAUGGUUGGAGCACCAAGGCUACCGUUCUCGAAGAAGUGGCUCCAAGGUCAUUCAAUGUAAGGACUGAAGAUGGACAAAUCAUUCGUCGCAAUCGGCGAAGCCUUUUGAAAAUACCACACGCUUCUUCAGAAGUCACUGAGAUCCGAUGUAAGGAUGCAACCACAUCUCCAUGUGACCAGAGCGGCACUGGAAUGGACAAUUCAAGCAAGCCUGUGCUCAGGAGGUCUGUGCGAGAGAUCAGGAAACCUGACAGACUGGACUUGUAAUAAUAAUAAUCAAAAAAAAAAGAAGAAAAGAAAUAAUAACAUUCCAAAACAGACAAAGCAAAGGUUAUGUUUGUGCCAUUUGAAAUGUUGUUUAAUGUUUGUUGUUUGACUCGCAUAUGUUUUGGUGAUGUGUUU